AUGUCAAAUGUAAAAUUAGGAAUAAGGGUUCGCCCUUUUACUGAAAGGGAGUUUAAGUCGGAUAAAGACCGUACACGGGUCGUAAAUAUAGUCGACGAACACACAGUCACAAUAACGAAUGUAAAAGUGAGCAUAUCUGGUGCCGGUGAUAGUAGGACGCGAGUGCGCACGUACUCCGCUGACUACGCAUUUGACAGCGCUUGUUCCUUUACGAAUCCUUCUUAUGCAUCCCAGGAGAAGGUGUACGACACAAUAGGUCGGGAGGUGGUGGAGUUCGUAUCCCGCGGAUCAUCCGCGUGCGUUUUGGCCUACGGGCAGAGCGCCACUGGCAAAACUUACACCAUGAUGGGCCCAGAUACUGAUCCCGGUCUCGUACCCAGGAUCUGCCGAGCCCUGGCGACGGAGCAACCGUUAGAAAUCACA